UGAAGAACGCUCUUCAUACCGUCGAGAUGAUUAUGGCCCAAAGAAGUUCGAACGCAGGAGGGAAGAUACUGAAGAACGCUCUUCGUACCGUCGAAAUGAUUUCGGCCCAAAGAAGUUCGAACGCAGAAAGGAAGAUACACCAUGGGCCAGGAAUUCCGAUGAAGGACGCGCUCCGCACCGUCGGGGAGAAUACAACCCAAAGAAGUUCGAACGCAGGAGGGAGGAUACUGAAGAACGCUCUUCGUACCGUCGAAACGACUUCGGCCCAAAGAAGUUCGAACGCAGAAGGGAAGAUACACCAUGGGCUAAAAAUUCCGAUGAAGAACGCGCUCCGCACCGUCGACGAGAUUCCAACCCAAAGAAAUUCGAACGCAGAAAGGAAGAUACAUCCUGGGCCGGGAAUCUCGAUGAAGACGAAUUCAUCAGGACUGGAAACUUUCGUGCCUUGCCGAUGGAACAUCAGCGAUUCAAGCAUGGCCACAAAAUCGAGAAACCUCGUGAAGAGCCACAGCAGUCGCGCGAAAAAGUGAUACCCUCGAGUAGACGCGGCACCGACAGGCCGAAAGAAAACGUCAAAGUUCCCGAUUCCAUUCCCUAUACGACCCCCGCUUCGGAAUUCAUCUAUGGUACCAACGCUGUCGAGGCUGCGCUGCGCUGCAGCCGGCGACAGCUGUACACGUUAUAUCUGUACCAGGCUUUUGGAGAGGAGCUCAGCCCCGCGAAAUCGACCAUCCGGAAAGUCGCUUACAUGAAGAAUCUCAAGGUCAAAAUGGCUUAUGGGGAGUGGGAUAAGUUGCUGGACAAAAUGAGCGCAGGUCGACCCCACAAUGGCUGUAUCCUCGAAGCAUCCCCAUUGCCUCAGCUCCCCGUGCGGAGUCUCCGCGCUGUCCCUUCCAAGGACGAAGAUCACUUCAGCGUGGACUUGGGACAACAGUCACGGGAAGAAGCGCAGGUAAACGGAAUGGACAACCACGUUAAAAUCAACCACCCCCCCAUGCAAGAUCGCCGGAGGUUCCCAGUCGUCCUUCUACUUGACGGAGUGGUCGACACGGGCAACUACGGCGCCAUAAUCCGCUCCGCAUACUUCCUCGGGAUCGACGCCAUUGUGCUCGCUGGCCGAAACUCGGCGCCCUUAUCCCCCGUAACAAUCAAGGCUUCCGCCGGCGCCGCGGAGAACAUGACCCUCCUCCAGGUCCACAACGAGGUAGAUUUCAUCCAAAAGUCGAAACUCAAUGGAUGGCGAUUCUACGCUGCGGAUGUCCCCGGCCCAGGGUCUACUUUCAUCGACCCUAUGUCAAACGGCGGCACUGGUCCCGACGGCCAGGGGGAAAACCCCCUCACUCAAGCCCCGAGCGUUAUCAUGAUGGGAAGUGAGGCCUCUGGACUUACUCACCACAUCAAAUCGCACGCGGACUCGGUGGUGAGCAUCCCCGGGUCUAGGUUUUCGACGCAUCUGGGAGUCGGCUCGGAUCCUGCCCGUGUCGAUAGUCUCAACGUCAGUGUCGCUGCUGCGCUGCUGAUGGAGAUGUUUCUGCGCGUUCCGCUUGCGGUUUCGGGGGCGCCUGAGAAGCGUACGUCUAAGAAGGCGUAGGCGGGUGUGUUGAUUAGCCGAUCUAAUACAUAUACAAACCACUUGUACAUUAGCAUUGGG